AUGGGGCCCCCGGGCAAUAGGGGAUCAUGGGGCCCCUGUGUCCUUGCCCAAACUCAAAAAAGCCUCCAUAACAACGAAAUAAAAAUAAUGUUCUUUAGCAAGGAACAUACAUUCCGCAUUAAUAAUUAUGGUACCAAAAUUAAUAUGUGCCGUAAAAUUGCCUCCAGUAUUGGUCUUGUUCAGGGGCGGACUGACAACUCAUGGGGCCCCCAGGCAAUAGGGGAUCAUGGGGCCCCUGUGUCCUUGCCCAAACUAAAAAAAGCCUAUGUAAAAGGUACCAGGGGCAUCUCAUGGGUCCCCCCUACUGACCCCGGGCCCUCGGGCAGUGCCCGAGUUUCCAAAUGGUCAGUCUGCCCC